AUGCAGGAUGGUCUGUUGGCAGCUGCUGUUGGUUGGGGAGAUGAAGGUACGCUCCGUGAGGAACCCCUUACACUGUAUCGUAGAGGUCAAUGCAAGGCGCUCUAUCUCAACUAUGAUAACGAUGAGAUGCUAUGUGGUGGGGCAGGACCCAUGGAUUGCGGUGCUCCACUACUGCAGGCUGAUGAUGGCCGCUGGAUGCUCGUUGGCCUAGGAGUUGGUGACAAGACGACUGUGGCAAGAUAUAUCCGCCUUGAGCCGUCCCGGGAAUGGCUUGAGAACGUCUGA